AUGCACGAGACGGUGGCGGCGUCGCCUUGGAGCCCGGCGACGGUGGUGCCCGUGGCGAGGGGCACGACGUCGACGCCGCUGCCGGGCGACCCCAACACCCGCUUUGGCGACAUGUACGUGAUCGACGACCCGCUGACGGAAGGCCCUAGCGCGACGUCGCCGGCCGUGGGACGCGCGCAGGGGUUCUACCUCUUCCUGUCCCAGCACGAGUUGGCGGCGAUGCACUACCUCAGCUUGGUGUUCACGGCGGGGAGGUACAACGGCAGCUACAUCGUCAUCCAGGGCAGGGACACCAUCCCUGCCAAGGUCAGGGAGCUGCCGGUUGUCGGUGGGGUCGGCCGGUUCCGUGGCGCCACUGGGUAUGGCUUGCUCAGGAUGCACUCCUUCGAUUCCACCACCAAAAACGCCGUGCUCAAGAUCGACAUGUACCUGAACAACAUGAAGUAG